AAAAUGAGGAAGGCGUAUCGGAGUCGAUUUAACUGUUUGUCUGUAACUCGGACGGACGAGUGCUCCCAAGUUCUAAAACUUAGCUGUAACGGAGAUAUCGGACGAUGAGGACGACGAAGAAGAUCAACGCCUCGAACUACGCCUCUCUGAAAUUUUUGGGAGGCAGGAGGAGGGGAUCCACCAUUUUCUUCCAACUGGGAUAUCCAUGGAAAUGCCAAGAAGGAGACAUGUGAUUUGGGUUAAAGCCAUGCUCACUGAAUCACCCUUUCUUCAGCCAGGAAACUGGUGUCCAAUGGAGGCGGUGUAGGGGACCUUAUCAGUUCAAUCACUGCGCCCACUUGAAAGGGUGAUUGUGGUUGGAAAGUCUGCAACUGGAGAAAAUGACUAUCUCCUUAAAUAAGAAGCUAAAUCCGUCCAAACUCCAAACCAUUUGAAAACUUUGGAUUUGUUUGAAGAGAUUAUCAUGACUGAGCUCUCAAACACAUUCAAUGUGUUUUGUCCUCCAGUGCUGAUUUGUGGACCCGAAACAUCCAGAGAUCGUCUAUCUGUACACAGGGAAUAUAGGUGUUUAAUCCCUUUCAUCUCUUUGUAUACUGGGAAUUAAUACACUAUGGAAUUCACGCCUAUAUCUAACUUAGUGUUGGGUCUACGAGGCAUUAAGGUGAGAGCAAGAGUGGCUCUACUUUGGAAUUCAACCAAUCCACUUUUGGAGGAUGAAUUGGUCAGUGUUGAUUUCCUGCUGGGGGACGAGGAGGGCAUCACUAUUCAUGGUAGCAUGAGAAAGGAGGAUGCCACUCGAAUCAUGGAGGUGUUAAGAAGAGGGGUCACCGUGAAGUUUUUGAAGACUCCACGUGUUUUCUCACAUCUGAACUCAGCUCUAUUUGUGUUUCAAGUUCUUUUGGGUGAGAAUAGGAACAGCUGCACAAACUGCAGCCUUACUUGUAAGCUAAAUGAUGGGAGUGCAGCAGAUUGUGGGGCUAGGAAGAUUUUGUAUACUGGAUUGCAGGAUGGAAAUCAUACAUUUGAGGUCUGCACCAAUGGGUCUCAAGGAGUUGGCUGUGCUAGCUAUAACUGGACUAUUGAUACAAUACCUCCUACUGCUCAUGUAACUUCCUUGACACCUAUUACAAGUGCCCUUAAUGUUUCUGUAGAUAUUUCUUUCACCGAACCCUGUAUUGGUGAUGGAGGUUUCAGAUGCUCGUCUGUAAAUGCCUGUAACCUGCUGGUCUAUGGUGCUGGCCAUGUUAUACCAUCUUCCCUCAUCAUUCUGCAGCCAAACCUUAAGUACUCUCUUCUAGUAGGUUUAUCAUCCAGUGUUCUGUAUGGCCGAGUGAUAUUAGUAACAGAAAAACUUUUUUGCACUGAUAUUGCGGGAAACAGAUUUACGAGGACAGCAAAUUCAAGUUUCUUUGUGCAUUUUGAUAGAAGAAAUGUUUAUGUCAAGUUGAGGACUUACAUUCCUGAAAAGCUACUUCAACUUAACCAUGAAUUUAGGACAGUACUGGCAACUCAUGAUUAUGAUAACCUAAAGGUGUAUUUGUACUUCUCAAAACCUGUUUUGAAUUCAUCCGAAGAGAUUCUAAAUUCUCUGAACUCAAGUCAGGGUGCAUUUCUUCCUAUUCGUGGGGAAGACCUUUUGAAACGCAGAUUUGGCUUUCAGGUCACAAGUAUUUCUACCAUUGCGGUAGUUACAAUAUGCCUUGACACAAGUUCUAUAGUAAGCAGACAAGGAACACCAGUUUCUCCCAUUGCACCAGUUACUUUCCUUUUUGAUUCUGAUAGGCCUGCUGUCAGAUUGAGUACAACAUCUAGCUCAAGGACUAAAGAACAUAUUAUUCCAAUAUGGAUCAAGUUCAUGAAACCUGUAUUUGGCUUCAAUUCCUCUUUCAUAUCAAUCUCUGGAGGACAUCUACAGAGCUUUAGUGAGAUAAGCAGAAGCACAUAUAUUGUAGAGAUAGAGCACGUUGAUGACCUUGUAUCUGUCAAGGUUCCUGAAAAUGUAGCUGCAGAUGUUGCUGGAAACAAAAAUCUAGCAUCUAAUGUUCUCCAAGUGAGGCACUAUUCUGUACCUAUUAUCUCUUCCAUCAUUUCUACCUUUGCAACUGUUUCUUUUGUGGCUACAUCUUUUACUGCUGGGCUACUGACUGUUUCAACUGCGAGCCUUCAAUCUGUGGGGGCAUUUUCAAGAUCAUCUCGUCGUUUGACAUCUGAUCCUGCGAGAAUACUAUUUCGGAGCGCUUGCCACAUUCAGGUUUUUGCUUUAUCCAGAUGGUUGGCAGUGACUUUGCCAAUUGAUUAUUAUGAAUUUGUAAGAGGUUUGGAGUGGAGUAUUCCUUACUUUAGUCUACCAUGGGAAUCUGAGAAUAACCUGCCAGUCAUGAUAGACUCAAGUUCUUCAGGUUUUGAUUCCAAUGUUUCAAAGGUACAAGAUUUAGGAACUCUAAAAGACAAGAAUUUGCGUACAUAUGCUUCAGUGUAUGGAUUGCCGCUUACUCCUAUGGAAUAUAGAUCUUUUUUUGAGAGCCAAAACUUUAGACCAGAAGCAGAGUACAUUUUGGAUCUGGAGCAUUCAAACGGGUGGAGGCAUUUCAUGAGAAGCAUGUUAUGGCUAGCUGUAAUUGGUGGCAGUUUGAUGCUCGUGCAUGCUUUACUUCUUUUAAUUCUGAAAUUCAAAAAGAUAACAUCUGCAAAGCGGAAAGGUUAUGGAGCACUCACAUUCCCAAGAUUUGAGAUCUUUCUCAUAAUUCUUUCUCUUCCUUGUACUUGUAUGGCCUCCACUGCUAUAAUUCGAGGAGGAACACUGUUAGGGGUCAUUGUCGGGAUUCUGCUGUUGGGUGCUGUAUUCUUGAUAUUGCUGGCCUUGCUUUUGUUCCUCUCCUUUGGUAUUACACUUGGGAAGCUUCUCCGAUACAAGGAAGUGCAUCAGGAGGGAGAGAUAGUUCACUGGUAUCAAGAAAUUGUCCGAGUAACUUUGGGUCCUGGUAAAAGAGGCCAGUGGGCAUGGAAAAAACGAACCAACUCUAUUUAUCUAGUUAUGUUAGGCCCUCUGUUUGAAGAUCUAAGAGGCCCCCCUAUGUACAUCCUCACACGGAUUUCUAGUGGAAAUUCCAGAUACCAAAGUGAUCGUAUUUUUGCCUCUGAUGAUGAAAACGAAGAUACAGAAGCACCUUUUAUUCAGAAGCUAUUUGGAAUACUUAGAAUAUACUACGCACUGCUUGAGCUGGUGAAACGAGUUUCUCUGGGCAUCAUGGCUGGUGCCUUCCUAAAUAGGUCUUCUAAGGUUCCAACACUUACCUUAUUAUGCAUUUCCUCUUUUCAGCUCUUCUUUCUCGUUCUGAAGAAGCCGUUUAUCAAGAAAAAAGUUCAAAUGGUUGAGAUAAUCUCCGUUUCAUGUGAAGUAGGCUUAUUUGCUACUUGUUUUGUUCUCCUGAAGAUCGAGAUUUCAGUCCAAGAUGAGACCAGAUUGGGAAUAUUUAUGAUUAUACUCUUCCUACUUGGAUUUGUUUCGCAAUUGAUUAAUGAAUGGUAUGCUUUGUAUAGGCAGACAGUGCAGUUGGACCCUGCUCAGAAGUCUUUUUUGGCUGGCUUGAAACUGUCUUCAAUUGGAUUUCUCCUGUUUUUCAUUCCACAAAAACUGAUCGAAAGCCUUGAAAGCAAAUUCCCCGCGAAUAGAGAUGGAGGAGCUGCAAAUGCCAGUUCUCCUGCAUCAAGGAACAGGAGCUCUGGCAGUGGGAGUUCCGGGUCAACUGAUAAACCGUGGAUGAAGCGACUAAGAGAACUGGCUGGUUUUUCUCCAGACGGGAAUGGAAGUCCGAAUGAUCCUUCGAGCAGUCGUGCUAGAUGGAGUGGGUUAUGGUCUGCAAAAAGGAGUGGGAGCUCUUCUGUUAAAACUUCUUCAGAUUUCAAGCCAAAAUCCAAAGCCUUGGACAAAGAUUUGGAAGCCAUUUUUGCAUCCAAGUGAGAUCCUUGAACACAUCUAUAUGGUAUUAAUCCAUAUACAAAAAUAGUUUCUUGUACAAUGUUCCACAUAUAAUGCAUUUAACCACCUGAUUGACCAUGCACUUCUGCUAUAA